GGUUUUUUUUUUUGAGGGAAGAGAUUCGAAUUAAUACAGAGCGAAAAUAAUUACAAUACAUUAACUUUAGGUGGAUAGAGAGAUGAGCAGAUUUAAAGCUUUGUUAACCAAAGCACGAACCUUUGUACGAUUCGGCUCCACCGUCUCCUCCUCCUCCUCAGCUCUUCCGCCUCCGCCGCCGUUUUCAUCCGCCGUAGCCGCCAUGGAUGGCAUCGAGACCCAACACACGAAGCUAUGCAUCGUGGGCAGUGGUCCGGCUGCUCACACGGCGGCGAUUUACGCCGCGAGAGCGGAGCUGAAGCCUCUACUCUUCGAAGGAUGGAUGGCUAAUGAUAUCGCUCCAGGCGGUCAACUCACCACCACCACCGAUGUCGAGAACUUUCCCGGCUUCCCCGAUGGCAUCCUCGGCGGUGAGCUCUGCGAUCGGUUCCGGCAGCAGUCGCUCCGAUUCGGCACCACCAUCUUCACCGAGACGGUCUCUAGGGUUGAUUUCUCCGCCAAGCCGUUCAAGCUCUUCACCGACUCCAGGACCGUCCUGGCCGAUGCCGUGAUCGUCGCGACGGGAGCCGUCGCCAAGCGGCUUCACUUCCCCGGCUCCGGCGAGGGAUCCGGAGGUUUCUGGAACCGCGGGAUCUCCGCCUGCGCUGUCUGCGAUGGAGCCGCGCCAAUUUUCCGGAACAAACCUCUCGCGGUCAUCGGCGGGGGCGAUUCGGCCAUGGAAGAGGCGAAUUUCCUCACCAAGUACGGAUCCAAGGUUUACAUAAUCCACAGGAGGGACGCGUUCAGGGCGUCGAAGAUCAUGCAGCAGCGAGCGUUGUCAAACCCUAAGAUCGAGGUGAUCUGGAACUCGGCGGUGGAAGAGGCAUUCGGAGAUGGCGAGAGAGGCGUCCUCGGAGGGUUGAAGGUGAAGAACUUGGUAACGGGAGAAGUCUCAGACUUGCCGGUCUCCGGACUGUUCUUCGCCAUUGGCCAUGAGCCGGCGACGAAGUUCUUAGGCGGGCAGCUCCAGCUUGAUGCAGAUGGUUACAUAGUGACGAAGCCGGGUACUACCCAGACAAGCAUCGCCGGAGUUUUCGCCGCCGGCGAUGUCCAGGACAAGAAGUAUAGACAGGCAAUCACAGCUGCGGGAACUGGAUGCAUGGCGGCUUUGGAUGCCGAGCAUUACUUACAGGAGAUGUGAUCUCUGGAAGGAGGAGAGCUGCUCUUCCUAGUGGCGGCUUUGAUGUCAGAAACAGUCAAGGGACAAUACUUAGUUUAUGCAAACUGUUUGCACUUCUCUAGAUUUGUUUCAGGUGAUUUUAUUUUAUAUUUUUUUAUAUUUCAGUGACAUCGUGAAGCCAAGAAUAUUGUUAUUGUUAUUAUUAUUAUUAUUAUCAUAUGUACUCUUGGAAUUACUUUCAAA